AUGGAUGAUGUAUUUGAACAGGUGUUAGUUAAGAAAAGUGAUGAACUUCAUUCGCAAAUUCGAUCGUUAAUUAAAGAUCUAGGAGAUAUAAUCCACGAUAAUGAGCUGUAUAGUCUGGCCAAAAUCGAACGUUCAAAGGUAAUAUUCUCUAGUUUACAAUGGGCAAUUAACGAAUUUGAGUCUUCCCCCAAGCUUUUAGAUCUCAAUUUAUCGAUUUAUAUUGAAUCCUUGGCUGAUUUUUAUUUGUUUCUAUAUUCCAUAGAAAGUGACAAGGAUCUAAAACAUUUAAAGCAAGGGAUAUCAGGCCUCAUAUAUGAGUUUUCCAAAAUAAGAGGAUUCAAAUUUGUAACCAAUUUCUUUUCAAGUGAUGUCUACUUAAUUCCAAAAUUAUUAGAAUUAACUGAAAUUAUAAACUUGAGUGAAAAUGAAACUUUUUUGAUAUUAAUAUGGCUUUCCAAUUUAGUUCUUGUUCCAUUCCCUCUCACUUUAAUUAAUGAAGAUUUGCCAACGUUAUUACUUGAAUUUGGUUUGAAUUGUCUUGAAAAGCAUUCCAAUGCCUCCAAAAAUCAAUCAGUGGCGCUGAUUCUAAUAUCUAGACUAAUUUCAAGACAAGAUUUAAUACAGAAUGGUAUGCUUGAUGUAUAUUUUAAUGAUACAGUUCCUUCCAUUUGGAACUCUUUAUCUUAUAAUAGUGGCUCAAUCAAAUUGGGACAUACUAUGGUGAUAAAUAAAUUAAUGAAGAGAUGCUCAUUUGAAGUAAUGUGUAAAUAUUUAGAUGUUAUCCACAAAGAAGUUUUACUAACUGACUUGGUUAAUCUACGUACGCAAGAAGAAUAUUGUACGAAUGAUUUGAAUAAUCUUAAUGUUUUGUAUAUCAUAAAGGUAUUGAACAAACUAGCCAAAUUUUAUUUGCAACUGCCAGAAACUGGCAAAUAUUAUCAGGUAUCUAGCAUAGUGAACAAUUUGUUUCAUGAUGUAAUGAGUAUAAUGUUAGACAGGUUUGAUACUAACUUAAGGUAUGCAAUGGCAAAGAAUUUAAGUAGCAUCUGUUCCCAGUUAACGGUUGAAGCAAUGAAUUACCAAGAACAAUUGAUCCAAUAUCUUAUAGAACAGUUGGAAAUUCUGAAUAUCAUGAUUACUUACUCUCCGUAUGAAAAAUCAAUUAGUAACUCAAACCGAUUUCAUGUCGAUUUAGCGAUUACUUCUGAUAAAAUUUCUGUGCCAAAGUACCAUACGGUUUUGUUAUUUUUCGCAUACGUAUCGCUCAGGAAAUCCUUACCAUACCAUCUAAUCCUGCCGAUAUUAAGCAUUGUGCACAAGACCUUAUUUAUUCAACAAAAGCGAGCAACAUCUGUUUUAGGAUCCCAAUUACGGGAUUCGUCUUGCUUUAUCAUAUGGUCAUUAUGUAGGAUGAUUAAGACAGAUACCUUCAUUAUGCUACAAAGAGAAAACGAGAAUAUGAUGGAAGUUAUCUUAUUUGACUUGAUAAAGGUAGCAAUUUUCGACUUUGAUCUAACUAUACGAAGAUGUAGUGUGGCUGUUAUCCAAGAAUUUAUUGGGAGAUUUGGUAAUAACUUGUUUGGCUACAAAUUUGUGGAGGAUAUGACCUUUGGAGAGCAGAUGGGACUGUUUAUAAUUAGAUUAGUUGAGAUUUUCAAUAACAAAUCCCUUGGUUCUUUGAAUCUGUCGUACUUGAUGAUUCAUGAGCUUAUCCGUAUUGGAUUCAAACCGAAUCUUUUUAUUCCUUGUUUAUUGAAUAAUAUACAAGACGAUAAUAAUAGUUUUGAAGUGAAAAAAUUGAAUUCUUAUCAUUUGGCUAAGAUCUAUGGAGAUGACUUAUCAAUGGAGUUUGACUUUGAAUUUUUAGGAAAUUUACAGGAUUCGUACCCCCUACAGACUUUAUUAUCAGUAUUAACUAGGGAGAUUUUAAACACAGGUAACUCGUUAUAUGCAUUUUCAGAGCUUGCAGUAAUUUCUCCUGACACUUCACACCAGUUUACUUUGAAGGUAGCCAACCACUUGAAAGAAAAUUUUAAGUUUGAUCAUCACUCCGAUGCAAGUGAAAAAGCAGAAGCAUAUGUAAAGUGGAUAAAUUGUUGUAUGAUAAUUAAUUUCCCGAUUAUUGAUUUUGAUAUCGUAUGGAAAGAAAUAUUUGACAUAGUUAGAGCCAAAUAUACCACUGGCUUAGCAGAAGAGUUUAAACAAUACUUCAGACUUCUUUGCAAGAGAAAUGAGGUAAUUACAUCUGAUCAUUUAAAAGGAUUUGGGCAUAUAAUUAAAAGUAAUAACCCUAUUAUUGCACAAUCUUUGUUUUAUUAUCAAAAAUUUUCAAACAAUGGUAAAGUAUUUUUAAUUAAUUUAAUUCAAGAAAAUGCUAUUGAUUGUAAUAUCAGAUCAAGCAUGAUUGAAUGCUUAAGUGAAAAUUUGGAGAAGUUGAAUCUUGAUUUGUCGAUGUUGUCUGUAUUAGUUAACCUGUUGGAUGAUUAUACUAUAACGAAUCAAGGUGAUGUUGGCUCCAAGGUUCGACUUUCUACGAUGUAUCUUAUCAAGAAUAAUAUUUCAACUUUUUUUCAUUACACGGAUGAGAUUGAACUCAGGUUAGUGAGAAUUUCAGGAGAAUUAAUAGACAAACUAAGACUUGAGUCUAUCAAGUUAAUUCAUAUUUUGAGAAUGAAGCAUUUUGUGGAGAUUGACAAUAGCAACAACUAUAAGUUCUUGUUUGCAUAUUACAGAAAUGAGAUAUUGGCAAACAAACAACAAUCUAAUCAUGUAAUUGAGUUAUCAAUUAGCUUUUGGAGAGGGAUUGUCUUUAGUUUGGGUGCAUUGACGAUGACAAGCUCAGUUACAAAUGAGGCAUUCCUUCAGUUACUUGUAUUCUUAGAAUCUUUGAAUCAGGAAAAUCAUGAUUUUGUAUUUAAGGAAUUUCUAAAAUUAUUAAAAAUACCAACUGACAGACAAUUGAAUAAUUUGAAUUCUAGAGAAUUGAAGGUUUACAAUAUGACACUUAACGUUUUUGUCAAGUUGUUUGAAUCUAACACUCCUUUUCCAAUUGAUUUCGAAUAUCAGACACUCUAUGUGAGGUGUUACAAUUUGCAUAUAAACACUUCCAAUGUCUUGAGAAUAGGCAUAAUAUUGAAGAUUUUCCAGUAUUUAGGAACGCUACAAUCGGAACCAGAAAUUAGGCUCAAAGCUCAAACCCGAGUAUGUUGGUUAUGCUGCCACCAUCCACUACUGCGAGUUAGAAGCAUCGGAAGCGAGGUGUUCUUCGAAAUUCUUAACGAUAUAUCCCCCAACAACGACUGUAUAUCCAUCCUAGAUUCCGUGGAUUGGGAAGAAUCGCCUGGAAAGUUGAAAAAAUAUUUCAAGUGCUUCCAGCAAACGCUCACUACAUUAUAG